AUGGUCGUGCCUAGGCCCCAAGAGGAGGUGGUACUGCUGGAGCCAGCAGGGACGUGCCGGAGUCGAGCUGGGGAGGGGUCAAGCCUGUGCGUGAUCUUCCCCAUCACGGUUGACUCGCCGUCGGCGUCGCCCUCGUCCUCGCCGUUCGCGAGGAGCAUGCUCUCAGGAGGUGCUUUCUCAGCUGUGGGCUCACCAUCCGUUGGGGGGGCGGGUGCCCGCGCCGAAGCAGCAGGCGAUCCAUUCCCGAGUUGGCGACAGGUGCACCAGCUGAGUACCAGGAGCGCCGUCGGCGCCACAUCUGCCGCGCCAAGGAUGGGCCCUCCAGCGGGAACACUAUCUGCACCCAUCACAGCACCCUUGGUGCCGCCAGUCGUGGUUGACGUCGAGACCACCGACACAGGCGCGCCGGCCAAUCCGGCGCCGGCAGCAAUGGCGGACUCUCCCGUGCUGGCGCUGGGCUUGGAGCAGGUUGCGGCGGUGCCUGACGCCGAUGAUGGGACCGGGCCCCUGGAGGUCCGUCCUAGCCGAGCGUUGCCGCUCCAGCCUGCCGGGGUGCCGGAGCCAGAGGACGCGGGGGCCACGCAACCCCAGAGCGAGGCACCGCCGGCCCCUCUGUCCAUGGCGCAUGUCGUCGCCGCGGUCGAGGCAGUGCUUUAG